CAUUAGCAUCUCCCAACUCCAAAAUUAAUCAAUCAAACAAGUGUAUCUUCUUUUUCUUCUUUCUUUUUCUUCAAUUACAUUUACACAUGUCUCCAAUCAGCUCAGACGAUCUCCACAGAAUCUUCAAAAACUUGGACAAGAAAAACAAAGGAGUGGUCGGCAUUGACGAGCUGCACCAUCUCCUCCACCAAAUCGGCAUCCACACCGCGCCCGAGGAGCUCCAGAAGCUCGUCGGGCGGGAGAGCCUCGACUACAUCGAGUUCCUCUUCUUCUACGAGGCCAUGGUCAAGGCCCGCACAUCAGAACACGGACACGAACAUGAACACGACCUGUUGAAGGCGUUUGAGGUCUUCGACCUGAAUGGGGAUGGCUACAUUUCCGGCGAGGAGCUGCAGAAAGUCCUCUCCCGGUUAGGGUUGCUCGAGAAGAGCGGCGGCUGCGACGACGAGUGUAAGGAUAUGAUCAGAGUUUAUGACCGUAACUCUGAUGGGGUUUUGGAUUUUCAUGAGUUCAAGAAUAUGAUGUCUGUUUCUCCAACUUCUGAUCCUGAUCAUGUGUAAGUUUUCUGGGGCGGACGCAGAAAAAAAAUAUUCGGGUUUUUGUUUGGAGAAGGUAUUUUUUUUCAAGUGACAUACACAAAAUUGAUUUUUUUUGUCUAACCUUGUAUUGUUAGGAUUGAUAUUGAGAUUGGUGUGUAUAUUUGUUGUGUUGUGAUUUAUACAAUGAUGAGCGUUAUUACAUA